CUUCCUGCGUCCUCCUCCUCCUCCUCCUCCUCCUCCUCCUCCUCCUCCUCCGCGGCCGCAGCGCCAUGGCAGGGCACGGCGCCAGCCUGCUCCUGCUCCUCGGGAUCCUGCCAGCUCUCCUCGUGGCCGUCAGGAUCAACGGCAAGGGCCGGGAGGUUCUGUACCUGGCCAAGGGCGACUCAGUCAAGCUGGGCUGUCCCUAUGUCCUGGAGCCCGAGGACAACGGUCCCCAGGGCGUGGGAAUCGAGUGGAUCCAGAUCACGCCCGAGAGACCCGGCCCCGAGAAUGUGUUCCUGUCCUACCAGGACCACCACGUGAACUACGGCAGCGGCUCGGGGCUGCAGGACCGCGUGGCCUUCGUGCAGACGGACCCGGGCCAGCGCGACGCCUCCAUCCGCGUGGCCGACCUGCAGGAGAGCGACACCGGCACCUACCAGUGCCGCGUCAAGAAGAACACGGUGGCCGUGCACGAGGUCAUUGUCACCGUGCAAGGUGGCCCUGACAGUGUCCCGUGUCCCCCUCCAGCAGAGAAACCGGCGGCCCCGCAGUGCUGGAGCGAGGGGGAGCUGAUCGAGGGGGGGUCGGUGCUGCUGCGCUGCUUCAGCCGGGGGGGCACCGCGCCCCUCUCCUACCAGUGGGCAAAGCUGGCCGAGGGCUACGGGGGCGGGCGCCUGCCCUCGGGGACCCUGCAAGGCCGUGCUCCGGGUGACCUCCUGAUCCGCAGCCUGACCGUGGCCCACGCUGGCACCUACCAGUGCCGUGUCACCAACCGCGUCGGGUACUCGGUGUGCCAGCUCAACCUGAGCCCCGGGCCCCGAUGUGUCCCCGCGGCAGGUGGGCGCCAGGCUGGCAUCAUCGUGGGCUCCAUCCUGGGCUCCCUCCUCCUCCUCAGCCUGCUGGGGCUGCUCAUCUGGGCCCUGAUCGCCCGCUACCAGCGCAAGGAGUGCCAGCGUGCCUGCAGCGACUGCAGGAGCAGCACGGGUGGCACCAUGCCCCGGCCGUGCACGGCCUGUGCCCACCACUCGUACUCCCCGCACGGCAUCAGCUACAUGCAGUGCCAGCACGGCGACAGCGACGAGCGCGCGGCCGCGCUGCUCUGCAACGACGGCAUCCGCCACCAGGUCCCCUGCCCCGCGCUGUGAGCCCGCGGCCACCGCCCGGUGUCCCCUCCCCGCGGGGCCACCGCGGGGCCACCGCAGCGCCGGCGACAGCGCCGGGGACAGCGCCGGGGACAGCGAGCGCCCGCCCGCAAAAGCGACGGCAGGAGCGGCUCCCAACCAUCAAAAAACCCUAAAAACCUCGCGAAAUCCUAUAAAAAUCCAACAAUCCUAUAAAAUUCCCCUGAAAUUCCACGAAAUCCCGUUCCCGGUGCCCCCCCGCGGGGCCACCACAGCGCCGGCGACAGCGCCGGGGACAGGAAGCGCCCGCCCGCAAAACUGACGGCAGGAGCGGCUCCCAACCCUCAAAAACUCCUAAAAACCUCGCGAAAUCCUAUAAAAAUCCUCCAAGUUGUCCAAAAAUCCUAUAAAAUUCCCCUGAAAUCCCAUGAGAUCCCGUCCCCGGUGCUCCCCCCUGCUCCCCGCGGGGCCACCGCAGCACCGGCGACAGCGCCGCGGACAGGAAGCGCCCGCCCGCAAAACUGACGGCAGGAGCGGCUCCCAACCACCAAAAACUCCUAAAAACCUCGCGAAAUCCUAUAAAAAUCCUCCAAGCCGUCCAAAAAUCCUAUAAAAUUGCCCUGAAAAAUCCCAUGAAAUCCCCCGAAAUCCCGUCCCCGGUGCUCCCCGCGGGGCCACCGCAGCGCCGGGGACAGCGAGCGCCCGCCCCCAAAAGCGAUGGCAGGAGCGGCUCCCAUCCCCCAAAAAAACCGUAAAACCCCUCGAAAUCCCCCUAAAAUCUCCCAAAAUCCCUCUCCCGCCGCCCCCGGUCCGUUUUCACCUCGUUUUGUUGCUUUAUUUUGGGGUUUGGCCCCGUUUUUUACGCCCCCCCCCCCCCCCCCCCGCAUUUCCAGACCCUCCCAGUUCCCCAUCCUCAUUCCCAGUUUCCCCCCCGGCCCGGUUCCCAUUUCCCGCCCUAUUCCCAGAGCCUUUCCCGGUUUUCCAGGACCCCCGCCGGGCUCCCAGCCGGAUUUAUUUGUCACCCGCCUGUCACCGCGGGCUCGGGGCUGGCCCGGCCCCAAAAAACGGCUCCACCCCCGGUGCCCCCACAUUUUGGAAUUGGGUUUUUUUUGGGGGGAGGGGAGGGGUCGAGGCGCCGCCGGCACCGGGAAUUGCGGUUCGGAACGAAGCCAAAAGGAAAAGAAACCAAAAAAAAACAAAAAAAAAAAAGCUAGGAAAAAGAAAGGAAAAAAAAGGAAGAAGGAAAAG